AUGGAUCAAGAAAAGAAAUCGCACUCGUCGCCAUUACAGCCAUCACAGGUAACAAGUCCCAAUGCAUUAAUCGGCCCAGGUUUUAUAAAACCAUUGGAUUUAAAAAGCGACAACAUGCCUCUGAGCUGGAAAAACUGGAUAACGCAGCUAAAAAUUUAUUUACGAGCUAACAACUUGGAACACGAACAAGACAACCGCAAGGUCGCCAUCUUGUUACAUUUUAUAGGCGCCGAAACGCUACAAAUUUUCUACUCGUUCAACGUGUGUAUUGAUACCGUAAAAUUUGAUGCCCUUAUUGAGAAAUUUACACACCACUUUACUCCUCAAGUCAACAUCACCAUGGAACGCCAUAAAUUGUUUGACCGACGUCAGGGAAUAGAAGAAUCCAUUGAUGAUUACGUCACUGACCUAAAGAAUAUAAGCAAACAAUGUGAAUUCAAAGAAUUAGAAGACUCAAUCCUAAGAGACAUAUUUAGUUGGAACCUUACACCUCAAAAUCAGUACAUUAAAGAAAAAAUAUUACUAAAAAAGCCACAUACGUUCGAAGCAGCUAUAAACAUUGCUAAAUGUGCUGAAAUAACAAAAAUACAAGCGAAAACCUUAGAAGAUACAACAUUUGUAGGCCAAAUACAGACAAAUAAACAAAGAAACAGGUCAAGACAUCGCCAACAUCAGCCAAACAUCACCAGACAGUCCAGCCGUUCCAGACAAUAUAGCAGUUCAAGACGGUCAAAUACUACAGAACAACCAAAAUGCAGUCGAUGCGGACAGAUACAUCGUUUCAAAUGUCCAGCCAAAGGAGUCAAGUGUAAUAAGUGUGGUAAAUUUAAUCACUUUGCAGCUGUAUGUCACUCUAAACAGAUCGCACUGAGAUUCGUAAGUAUAAAGUCGAUCUUGGGUCUAAUCAAGUUGGCCACCCCUGUAAUAGAGGAUAAAGAAAAAUCGUUUCAUGCUUUUUUGCCUACUCCAAACUACGCUACAAUAAAGUCUUCACGUUCACGGCAAAAAGCUAUUAAUUAUAAGGGACAAAGAAUAGUUAAAGAUUUAUUCAAGACUGAAGAAAAAAAGAAUGAGAUGAAGCAAGCGACGAGUAAGAAAAAAGGAAAGUCUACAAUUAAACGAGACCAAAAAAAAAAAAACCAAAAUAAAAAUGAUUCCGUAAAACGGCUAAAAAGAACAGUACAACAAGAAAACAGUAAAAGAUCGAAAAUAGAGAUGAAGAAAAGUGCAGAAGGUGAAGAAAAGGAAUGGUACUGUCACGCAUGUGGCGAGAAUCGAAUGGAAGACAUGAGACAAUGUACCGAAUGUCAAAAGUGGUAUCACGAGGAGUGUAUGGGUCUCACUAAAAAAGAUCUCAAAUUUAUAUGCCCAGAUUGUGAU